AUGGAAAUUUUUGAUGUUGUGGCUCUGAUUUCUAUAGUUCAUUUUCAACCGAUAUUUUCAGCAGAUUGUGGAACAACGGAGGUGGGAUUUGGGACAUCGACGGAUUCACAAACACCGUCAAAUGUGGCUGCCAAGACAAUAUUAAUAUUGAAUGGUAACUACCGCUUUAGUUGUUGUGGCGUUGUGAAGAAAUGGUCUUUUAAGGUCAAGAGUGCAGGCACUAUCAAAUUCCAGGUCUGGCGUUACAGUACAACCUACACAGUGGUGGGAGAAAACACGUUCACUGUACCGUCUGGGGCGGUGAAUGAAUUGAUAGAGUUUGAGGUUCCGGAUGCAGAAAGGAUUACAGUGAAAACUAACGACUAUUUUGGAUGGCAAGGAGAUUUUAUAGCCUAUAGUGAUGGGAAUAGUCUAUAUCCAGACAGCAUCAAGAUCCGUAACCAAGUGUUUAAUGUCGGGUCGAGCUUCGAUUUUCAGGGGGUAGGAAACACAGCUAACAACAGAGCAUAUGCUGUCACAGCGACAACCGCUAAUAGUGGGAAUCCUUACUUCUUCAAUCUUCCGCAAACAAUACAUGUCUACGACCACAUAGCUCCUGGUACUACAAUCUUCACAGUGUCUGCUGCUGAUGACGACUAUGAUUACGCUGGUAUUACGUUAACACUUCCAACGUCAUCAGCUUAUUUCACGAUCACCGGAACAACUGUACAAACUUCUGCCUCCAUUAGCAGUUUGACAAGCUCAACACAGUCUCUCUCCAUACGGGCUGAGGAUUCGUGUGGCAAGAUUGCCACCGGCACACUAAGUAUUGUAAUAAAAAAUCAGAUUCCAGUUAUAACAAGCCUACCAACAUCAUACGAAGUAGCAGAAACUCAUACGUCCUCCACUCUUAUCCACACCCUGGGGGUGACAGACGGAGACACAAUCAGUUGUACAGUGUCUAGUACGUCACCUUCUGGGGGUCCCUUCACGACCAAAGAAAUCACAGCCGGAAGCGGAACAUAUGGUGUGUACAUCAACGCUAAUCCUUCAUUUGAUUACGACACAACAAAACGUUUUGACGUAUACAUAAGAUGCAGUGAUACAAAGGACUAUGACGAAGAACAGCUGAUAGUAAUCAUAAAGAAGAACGCUUUUCCUGUCUUCACUAAUUUACCAAGGCACAUCGAGAAAGAUCAGCAGACGACAUCCAAUAACGUCAUACUUGACACAGUCUCCGUGACCGACACAGAUGGCCUGACGUUUACGUACACCUGUGUUCCCGCCUCUUGUCCUAUCGCUAUAGCAUCCAAUGGGAGAAUAACAUCUACUUCUGCCUUUUCCACUGUUUUCACCCCUGGAUACGAUGUAACGGUCGCAGCUAAUGAUGGUCAUACAAAUGUUGGUGGUAAAUCAUGGAGCAUUCACAUCAAAGAUAUUAAUGAUAAACCCCAAUUCAGUAAUGUGCACGGGAGUUUGGGAGUGUUCGGAGUGGAAGAAAAUAGUCCUGUCGGUACCACCGUGUAUGUAUUGAGCGCCACGGACAUCGAUGCUUCUGACACUCUGGUAUAUUCAAUGUCCAGUUCUCCUACCGCCGGUCUGUCCUAUUUUACAUUAGUGGCUAGUACGGGGGUAAUAAAAACGAAAGCUACGCUGGAUUAUGACACAAUGUCGUCCAAGAGCUUUAAAUUUACUGUUUCCGUCACCGACGGCAAAGAUACUGCAUCCGCCACAGUGACAAUAAAUGUCAUCAAUAUUAACGAGGAACCUAGUUUUGGUCAUACAUCAUACAGCGUCAACGGUGAUGAAAAUACGGCUGGCACACAAUUAUCUCUACCAAACUUCGUAGUGUCCGACCCAGACAGCGGUGAUUCCAAAUUUUACACCCUAGACUGUAGCGGAUAUAACACCGGAUUCUUUGAAAUGGAUUCCUCCAAUGGUAAUGUUUAUCUGGGACGUGACUUUGACCGCGAUGUUGGACACCCGGAAACUACCAAGUGUAAAGUGACUGUACGAGAUGAGGGAGGACUCACAGCUACCACUAGUUUGACUAUUACAAUAGAUGACAUUAAUGACAACACACCGACUUUCGAGUACCCGGUGUUUACCUUUUACCUUGACCCUUUUGACCCCGUCGGCACACAUGUUGGUAAUGUGUCUUUGACAGCUACAGACAACGACAUUUCUGCCUCAUUUAGCGGUGUGGUGUACAGCGUAGACAUGACGUCAUUUGGUGAUGCUUACUUUGCUGUGGAUGCUGAUGGGAAUAUAACCGUGAAUAAAGAUUUGUCAUCGAAGUUCUCAUCAAUGGAGAUAAUCAACUUUAAUCUAAUAGCAAGGGAUCGUGGGGGCUUAGCUACGACGGCGACAGUAUCCAUUAUAUUUCCACAGACGACCACCACCUCCACCACCACCACAGAACGUCCCUAUGACUUCUGGGAGGACCCACUCAAUGUCAUUUGGAUGGAGUUUGGGUUCGCCGCAGUUGCUGCCUUGAUUGUUUUUUUUGCUGUGGUGUCUGUUCUCCACUGCCCUAGGGGUUCAAGCAGGGAUAAAAUGGGUAGUGAUUCGACACUGAAUGACAAAGAUGACACCCAACUGAUAAAGAAGCAGCCGAAGUCCAAACUAGUUUCAAUUAAUCAUUUAUCCGAAGAAAAAGUAAAUCUAUCCGUGAAUGAACAGAAUAAUGCGACAGAACCAAAGAAGAAGCAAAUGGCAUCAAUAAACAACAGAUAAACUUUCGUAUCA